CAUUGACUAUUUCCAGCCAAGUACACCCAUGCAUGUUCCUAACCUUCAACACAGAAGAGUUCCGUUAACAAGCAUGGCUGCCAGAAGGGUACCGAUGCGGUUGCCUCUCUGGAAGCGAGCCAUACCUAAGUAUCCUCUAUACGUUGAAGGAGGACCACAAAACCGAGUGUUUCUAUGUCAGUUCUGGAUGAAAUUGAUCCAAGAUAGAACAUUUGAACUACCAAAUGACAGAGUUCAUUUUGAGAUACAUCCUCAAAUGAGCGUAUUAGAUGUUAAACAAUACCUGGAAAAAAUUUAUAAUGUAGAUGUAUUAAAAGUAAGAAGCUAUCGCAAAAAAGGAUACACAUUUGAGGAAAAAUCCUUGAGUAUGAAAUCAGUUGACAAAGGAAAGAUACCUCCUGUUAAAGUAGCCUGUGUUCAGCUGGGAGGUGAACAUAAGUUUACAUUUCCUAACCUGGUUAAAGAGGACAAAUCAUCCACAGAAGAGGAUUCAUUUAAAAUGGGAGACCUUGAAAAGAAACUUAAUCUUGCAAAGAACUGGGAACGACCAAGUAUACCACCCUGGUUUGGUUAAUCAGAAUGUGUGUUUAAAUUAGUGACAAUGAUUAAGUGAAUGUAUAGGUGAAGAGUGGUCUUCUGUAACAAUGUAUUAAUUAUGAAUAAAAGGCUUUUGUUUAA